AUUAUUAUAAUUACCUUUAUAGCAUUUUUACUAAUAAAUAUAUAUCUCUUAAAAGAUAUUUUAUUGAAAUUACUCUUAAUGAUAAUACUAAACUUCACAAAGAAAUGAAAAAUAUUAUAAAAAUAAUUGGAGGCUUGUUAAAGGACAGAGUGGAAGCUGAUGAUUCUUUUGCUAAUAAGGAAA